AAAACGCACACUCAAAAUAGAGUUUAAGAGGAGAUACUACGCAUCGUAUAGACAGAAACCCUUGGGAGGUUCCUCUUUCAGAAAACCCCUUCUUCUUCAAUUUCCCCCAAAUCUUCAUUAUUAUGUCUUUCAUGGAAGACGAAGAUGAUGAUUUCGGAGAUCUCUAUACAGAUGUUCUUCUUCCUUUCACUACUCCCUCUUCUUCAUCACAACCACCGCAACAACCACCACCACCGCAGCCCCUUUCUUCCGAUCUCAGCAAUGAUGAUGAUAAAAAAUCAUAUGGUGGUUCUUCCAAUCCUAAAUCGUCUAUUCCUUCUGAAACCCUAGUUUCGGAUCGAAAUCAUGGUGGUGAGAAUUUUGUUACAGAAGAAGAGGUAGUAACUAGGGUUUCACCCAAAGCAGAUGCAAGUAGGGUUCUUGAUUUUGGUGCAUCUGUAAAAUCAGAACCUUUUGUGAGUUCUGCAAUUGACGAUGAUGUUCGAGUUGAUGGAGAUGAUGAUGAGAGCGGUGCCGUUGCUGGUGCUGGAGGAGAACUGAAAAUGGAGAGGAUGGAUAUGGAUGAUGGACAACCUAUGAUUCCAGGUUUGUCUUCAUCUUCAUCUCAAUUUAUUCCUCCUGCUGCUGCUCCUGGGGUUUUUCAUGAUGAGGAAGAGGAGGGAGAACCUAUGGAAGCUUCGAAAAGAGAGGAGGACGAAUGGGAUAGUGACAGUGAUAGCGAAGAUGAUCUCAAGAUAGUUCUUAAUGAGGACGAGCAUGACGGCAUGAAUGGGAAAGAACAUGAGGGUGAAGAAGAUGAAGAUGGUCAAGAUUUGGUUAUUGUUGCUGGAGAUGAUCAGAUUCAUCAGCUUGGAGACGAACAAGAAUUGGGCGAGGAUGGGACUAAGCAGAUGGGCGAUGGCGUCGAAAGGAAGGAAAUUGGCGAAGGAGGACCUAAAGCAUUGAAUGGUGGAGUCAUGAUGCCUAAUGCUGGCGGGGUGAGACCAAUGUAUCCAAAUCAAGGGUUUCAUCCACAUCAUUCUCAGUUUAAGUAUGUAAGACCCGGUGCAGCAAUGGUACCUGAUGGAGCUAAUGUUGGUCCUGGAGGUCUCCAAAACCAAGUUCGCCCCCUUGGCAACAUGGGCACUGUUCCUGGAGCUGGUAGAGGUGAUUGGAGACCUAUGGGGGUGAAGGGUGGUCCUCCCAUGCAGAAAGGGUUUCAGGCAGGUUUUGGAUUCCCUGGACAAUUUGGAAGAGGACCGGAGUUCACACUUCCAUCUCACAAAACGGUAUUUGAUAUUGACAUUGAUGGCAUAGAGGAAAAGACAUGGAGAAAUCCUGGUGUUGAUAUAUCUGAUUUUUUCAAUUUUGGAUUGAACGAGGAGGCCUGGAAAGAUUACUGCAAACAGCUGGGGCAACUACGUCUGGAAGCUACCAUGCAGUCCAAAAUCCGGGUGUAUGAAAGUGGGCGAUCCGUGCAGGACUACGAUCCGGAUCUGCCUCCCGAACUUGCUCUUGCAGCUGGUGGUCAAGAUACUGUUGAAAAUUUGAAUCCUGGAAAGAUAGAUGGGGGACAAGGUGAUUCAACUGGCCAAGGAAGAGGAGCUGCACAUGCACGGCCGAUGAUGCCACCAGGGAGGGCAAUUCAAGUGGAAGGUGGUUAUGGUGAGCGUCUUCCAUCCGCAGAAACCAGACCACAGCGAGCCCGUGAUACCGAUUCAGUCAUAGAGAUCGUGUUGCAGGGCUCCGUGGAUGAUGAUUUAUCCACUGAUAACGGUAAUGAUGAGCAACUUGGGGUGCAAGGAGAGGAUCUUAAAGGGGACCACGAGACUGAAGAGGAUAUGGCUGAACAGCCUGAUAAUGAAUCUUAUGAAGGAGAUGGUACUCUGCCUUUCCCAUCAGAAGCAGCACCUAUUCAUUAUCGUCCUGGUUCUAAAGGGCAUAACCCUGUCUAUCCUACAGGGGCUUUUGGCUUGCCUCAUGAAGGAAGGCGGCCACAGGGGGACGUACGUGUCAACUCUAAUCAUGCUGCUGUAGGUAGCAAAUCCUAUGAUACAAGUAAGGGAAAAUCAAGUAGAAGCAGUGAAGGAAAUCAGACCCCAGAGUCAUCAUCUCAUGUUCAAGUUGAUGGUGCGAGGGGUUCGGUUUCAGAACAUAAAGAUGAUUUGCAUAAUGAACUUGCUACAGCUGACAGCAGUGUUAGGAUAGAUGAGGGUGAAAUGAGUAGGGAUGUGACACUUACAGAUGAUGCUACUGGAGAUGGACAAAUUAUCUCUAAAGCUGAGCAACCUGCAGUGAUGGAUAUUGACGAGGGGUAUGACCUAAUGCCAACACGUAGCAGUGACAACAGCAAAGCAAGAUCAGGCGGCAGCAGGGAUUAUCAAAAAAAGCGUGAAACUGGUGAGGAAGAAGUCGUUCAAGAGGCACGUUCUAGACGAACGGGUGAGAUGAGAAGACGUCGCGAUGAAGAUGAAAAUAGCUUCCGAAAGAGAGGUAGUACUGACAGAGAUGGUAGGCUAGAUGUUGGGAGAAACCUCAUACCUGUAAAAGUCAGAGAAGAUUCUCAUCACCCCAGUAGAGAAUCUUACCCUAAUCCUGCACAUCAAUUGCAUCCAAAGAUCACAGACUUUGAAAUGUGGCGGGAUAGUAGUUCUGUUGGAGCUCGGCAAAGAAGAGAUGACGAGACACAUGCGAGAAGGGUAAGAGAUGAAGAGACAAGAAAGCGGGAGCGUGUUGAGGAAAUUGGGUCCAGGCACGGGAGUAAGGCUCGUGAAAGUGAAAGUAAUGAAAGAGAGGAGCAUCAUCAUCACUCAAGGAAACGUUUGGAAAAUAGUGAAUGGAGGGGACGCCCUGAAAAGAUUGUGGGGCAUAGCCAGAGGGAUAGGGAUGAUUACAUGAUGAAUAGGCUCGAAAGCUUGAACGAUCCUCCCACUAAAAGAAGAAAGGAUGAGGAGUAUCCAAGGAGGGAACAAGCUGAGAAAGAAGAAUACUUACAUGGGUUCAGGACUAGAGAAGGCAGCAGUAGAAGAAACCGGGAGCCUGAUGAUUUUAUGGAACAUAGGAGAGAUGAUAGGCUGAGAUUAAGGGAGAAGCUCGAUGACCCACAUUUCCUUAGGCACAGGGAUGACAGUUGGCGGCUGAGGGAGAGAGAUGAAUGGCAGAGGCUUAAACAGCCACAUGAGGACAUAUUUCCAAAUCGAGAAAGAGAAGAAAUCAGGGGUUCAGUAAGGAGUUCGCGUGGAACAGAGGACAAACAUAUGAUGGGUAAUGCAAGGAUUAAGGAUGAGUCUAGAGUCGUAGGUUUUGAAAAAGACUACCCGUUUAAAGAUAAAAAGCGGCUGAACGAACAAUCUAAGCGAAGAGAGAGAGAAGAGGAUGCCACUCUUUUACAGCACAGGGGACGUGAAGAUGUCUUUGCAAGUGAAAAUUAUGCCCACAAUGAGGACAGGAACCCUAGGCAUGAAAGGUCAAGCAAAAAUGGUGAUCAUUCUGUCGAUAAUAGGCAAUGGUCGAACAAGGAGAGAGCGAAAGAUAUCUCAAGGAGUAAAGAAUCUGAACUCGGCGAUCAAAAUACUGCACGCAGCAAAAGGAAGCAAGAAGAAUCUAGUGCUCACCGAUAUGUCAAGGUUGGCAAAGGUGCCAGUGAGCAGGAAAGUGGUAACAUCCCCACUGAAUCACGUGCUUCUGGGCAGUCAAGGACAGUUUCUUCCUCGCUCUCCAAGAAGAAUCACAAGGAGCUUGAACCCCCUGUGCAAGUGCAACACAACUCUAGAAACCACCGGCAAGAUGCUUCCUCAGAUGAUGAACGUCAGAAUUCGAGGAGACGAGUUUCCAAGCAAGAUAGUUCAAUGAAUGAGAAAGAGAGGACACGCAGUACCAACACAAAGACCAAGGAGGCAAACAAGAACAACAAGAAUGAUGCAGCUUCUUUAGCUAGUGACCAACCAGAUGAACUGGUUAAGAAAGUCGAGACAGGUGAUAAUCAACAUCCCCCAAAUGAGGAAAAAGCUGCGGGAGAUUCUGAAAGAAAUGGAGAUGACCGUAGCCACCUUGAUACAGUAGCAAAACUGAAGAAACGAAGUGAGCGGUUCAAGCUUCCACUGACAAGUGAAAAAGAUGCUACUGGAAACAGAAAGACAGAUGCUGAAGUGGUUACUACCCAUAGCGAGACCGUGGCUGAUGAAGCUGGGAUUAAACCGGAGAGGCCAGCUCGGAAGCGUAGGUGGACUGGUAGCUAAAUAUGAGACUCAGUUGUUGGAGAGGAUGUUGGCAAUGUCUGUUUCUGUUUUGUGUGGAUUUGGCUGGGCCUUUUGCUAUGAUCAGCAUGACCUGAUUAGCGCCUUAGUGACGGAUCACAUCAUGUUAUCUUCUGCAUCCUGGCUGCUCUAAUCUUUUGGUUUCAGCAUCGUUUUAUUUUCUUAAUACUCAGGCUGCUAUAUAUGUAUCUUUAUAACACAUGUAUGAUGAGAAACUGUAACAUUGAACACGUAAAUGGUUGUCUUAGUGACUUAUUUUUGUACUGUGGAGAGAACGGGAUCGUGUCUGAUACCCAUUGAGAACAUUAUUGUUGUUGUGACUGUUCAGAAGAAUUCCGUCACGUGGCAGAACGGUUUCUCUUGGAGCAUGCAGAGGCAGAGCAGAAUUUGUGCCCUUGCAGGCAGGUAGUACAAGGUUUGUCAGAGGCAGAACUUGGGCAUCUGGCCUUGUGAAAUCAAGGAUUUUUCGAAAGCUUACAUCAGAGCAACAGGGAAUUCGGUUUAACCAAUUUUAUCUAGUGUAUUAUUAUGUUGAGUUCAUCUACUUAUAUCUUGUUCUUGCCUCCAUACUUAGUUCAAUUUUCUUUUUGUCAACUAUAAGUAGGUUACGGGGAAAUCCCCUUGUAUGUGUAAUUUAGAAUAUAAUUAUGGAAUAAUAAAGGGAAAAAUGGAAAUUGUUGAAAGUUUACCUA